AUGAGAUGUGCUCAUCUAAGAAGCGGACCGGCCGCUCUCAGACGAGUCAGUCUUGGAGAGGUCAUCCUCCUCACUGGCAGGGCCGUGGACGGAUUCCUCGAACACGGGCUCCGUGUCAAUCACUUCAAACUUGGUCUUGAAGUCGUUGAUAUGGUGCGAUGCUGUGCUACUGUUGGAACGACGACGGGCGUUGGUAAACUUGAAGUCAUGGUCCAUGACAUCGUCGUUACCUCUACCAUUGCCGUCCUUCUUGAUCUUCUUGGGAUCGACAUCAACAUAGCCACUCUUGGCAAAGUAUCGUGGCAGAUACUCCAUGGGGGCUGCAGUGCCUUCAGCAAUGCCCUUGUGGUCACGGUCAUUUGCCUUGUGGGAGCGGGUCACUGA